CUCCUCCCGCCAUGUCCGGCACUUGCGAGAUACAUCAUGAUGCCACGGCGAAUGCGCUGACGGUGUUCAUGUGUAUCGGCAUCACAAUAUCCUACUUGCCGCAGCACUGGCGUAUCAUCUCGGCCAAGUCAUCGGAAGGCUUCAGCCCAUGGUUUCUUCUCUUGGGCAGCACAUCUUCGGCUUCGGCCAUGCUGAACAUUUUCGUCAUGCAAUGGGGUCUCGUCAGGUGCUGUCGUGAACUUCCUUUCGGCAGCUGCAUCGAGUCUAUUGCCGGAGCUCUCCAACUCGUCCUUGUCUGGAUCCUCUUUGUGUUGAUUCUGGUGCUCUAUAUGAUAUACUACCCGCCGCACCUCAAGUAUGUCGAGCUAGACGUCGACCUCCCCAACGAUCUCCCGCCACAGCACAUCAAGACCCCUGUCAAGCGCGAAGGCUGGAAGCUCUCCAUAACACUCACAUGGGCUGUCUGUAUCCAUAUCGCACUCAUCACCUUCGUCACGUUCCUCCUCCUCUCAACGAACCCCACCCCAGAUGAGACUCACCGCUCACGCCAACUCGAGCUCUGGGCGACCUUCCUCGGAGUAUCCUCAGCGCUCCUCGCCGCCCUGCAGUACGCGCCCCAGAUCGCGCACACGUGGGGUCUCAAGCUUGUUGGGGCGCUCAGCAUCCCGAUGAUGUUCAUCCAGACCCCCGGCGCCAUCCUCAUGGUGCUCAGCAUCGCCCUCCGCCCGGGCACGAACUGGACGACGUGGAUCUCGUAUGCUGUCGCGGGCGUCAUGCAGGGCAUCCUCCUCGUCAUGUGCAUCAUCUUCCGCGCGCGCCAGCACACGCUCGGCAUCGAUGACUUCGGUCGCCCGCUCACUCCGCCCCCGUCCUAUCCCGCGUCGCAGGAAGCCGAGGCCCCGGCGGGGACUCCCGCCGUCGAGGCUGCAGUUGGGGAUGCGGUGCAUGCGGACGUCAGAAGCACGCAUGGCGUGGACCUCGUCGGGGAGGUGGGGGAGGAGACGCCGUUGUUGCGGGAGGGCGCGAGUGGGAAGCGAAGAAUGGGGUGGUGGGCGUGGCUAGGCCGGUGACGUGGGACGGCGAGAGAUACCCCCGGUUGCUUUGCUAUAUUCAUUCUAUUGUGAUGGGUAUUGGAUAUUAUAUCGAACACCUUCUAAUGCC